AUGGUCUCUGUGGACUUCGAGUAUGACCAGCCUAUCCCUGGGACCUCCUGGUCCCUCUUCUUCACCUCGCUUGGCAAGUAUGCCUCCGCCUUCGGGCUACACAUGGGCGAGGAGCGCAAGAUCCUCCCGAAUGAAGCUCGCAUCCUGAUCGACUGCCUGGAUGCCACCCGGCGUCUGGUGCUGGAAGACGCCGAGGCUCGGCAGCUGAUCCUCGGGAAUCCCAACUGGGCGACCUUCGAUUCGCUUUGCGUGCUGGUGGUCUCCCCCGUGCCGACCCAGCUGAAGGCCUCUCUGUUUGGCGUGCUCGAUGCCCUGUGCCAGACGCCGGAUGUGGUUCUGCGUGUGUGGCAACACCUGGAGGGGUCGCACAUCAUCAACCCGGAGGGUGGCAUUGCCUUCGAGUUCCACAACAUUGAGGUGAAGAACGCCUCCUAUCCCAUGACUAUUGCCUUCUUGCGGAUGCUCUGCACCAUGCUCAAGUUUGGUACCCCGGAUGGCCUGGAUCUGCGUCGCUAUUUGGACUUCGUGGUCGGCACCUGCCUCAUUCGGGCGCGGCAUCUCCCGUGCCGGAACAUCCGGGACCAGUGGACGAUCCUCUCUUUGGGCCUGAACUUUGUCGCCCUCCUCCUCGAGGAGUUCAACCCACAGGAGCCCUACUCCCUGCCGGUCUCUGCCUCCGGAUCCACCUCGACGGGUGGUCAGAUGACAGCCGGGUUCACCGGCGCCGGCAUGGCUACCACCUCCCAGUUCGGCCAUGGCCCCGGUCUCGGCACUUCCAGCAUCUACUCCAUGCACGACUCGGCCAUGGAUGGCUCGUCCAUGGGCGGUGCCGGGAGUGGGGGAAGUCCUCAGGGCAGCUCCACUGCAUCCGGUGCUCGGGCGCCCGUUCCUGCCGGGUGGAACGGCCUCUACCACCCCGCUGUGUAUCUCCUUGCGUCGAUCCUUUGUGGGUCGCCACUUCUCGGUGAAAUCCUCACUGUCAUCAAGUCCGGCAAGGAGCUGGUGGAUUCCAAGCCGCCGGUGGACUUCUACGCCGGGAUCGCACACUCGGCGCUGCGCUGCCUGCUCAGCACCCUGCAGCGACAGGACGCCAUCCACGAGAUCCUCAGCCGGGACAGCCAGCUUCUUGGAUCGGAUUUCCUCGGCCGGCGCCCGAGCUGGCUGGAGAUGCUCCUGCUGCUGGAUGGCCCGACAAGCCUCAUCCAGACGGCCCUCUUUGUCGGGUGCCAGAAGUCCCUGCCCUGUGCGCUGACCGCGGUCCAGGUGUUCAGCCGUUUGGCCCUGUCGCCGCGUAUGCGAUACAAGUCCGGCUCCGGUAACCGCCUGGUGAACAUCAUCUCCACUUCCUUGCUGGCGGCCGAUAUCAUGGACGCCUUCAAGCUUCGCCUGUCGGCCGAAGUCGCCCCUGUCUAUGAUGAUCGCCCGGGUCGGUGCACCCCUUCGGCCCUGCGCAUCGAGAUUCUCUCGCUCCUCUCGACGUCCAUCCGGCAGACGCCCUUCCCAAGCAUCGGUCACUUCUUGUUGGGGUUCGACAUUGCCAAUCCCAUGAGUGCCACCGUCUUCCAGGAUGCCCAGUCCCUUCAGAAGCGCUCGUCCUGCCUGCACGCCAUCGUUGCCCUGCUGGAUCAAGCCCUGAACUCGUGUGGGAACCUCCAACCCCUUCUGGCAUUCAAGUGCUAUUCGCUGCUCCUGCAGUUGCUGUCAAAUCGCGACUCGCGCCUCCGCGUGUCCAGCUUCCUGCGGUCCUCCCUGGAUGGUUUUGUCCUGCGCCACCUUUCGCGCAUGCCUUUUGCACCACCGCAAGAAAUCGUCUCCAGCAAUCAGGGACUCGGGGUCUAUCUGGACACCAUUUCGGUCCUCCUGCGCAUCUGCUCCAUCGAACUGCACAUCACCUCGACGCAUGGACCGCGUGACGCCAACGAGGCUCUUAUUGACGCCUUGUUUGAUAGCGCGCCAGUUGACAACUCGGAUUCCUCGGCCCUCGAUGGCGUCCCUGGUGCUCGCCAUGUGCUCGGACCUCGUUUCGGCCUCGGUAGUCUUGACUAUCUGUUUGCCGAUCACCUCAGCCACAUCAUCCUCUCCAUCACUGCUGCCAUCAUCUCUGUCGAGUCGACCGUGGCUUUCCGUGGCACCCUCUUCUCGGCGCUCAGUGCCCUGAUCCGCUUCGUGUCGAUCGACGAUUUGGGGCUCUUCUGCCAUGAAGGGAUGUCCCUGUUCAACUGUCUGGCGCGUGACUGCCUGAGCGCCCCGCCGAUCCAGCGUAUCCAGGCCCUUUCGGCUUUGAAUGUUCUCAUCUCGUCUGCCGCCAAGUCCUCUACAUUUGCCCAGUACCUGCCGCACUUUGGCUUGCCGCAGCUCAUUCACAGCCUGCAGGAGGAUGAUGCCCUCAUCAGUGAAGCCAUCGUCUCUGGGUCCGACUCCCUGCUCAACAUGAUUCUCCUGCAGGAGGUCCGCUUGUCGCUCUUCAUUCGGCUCUGCUCCAUCCCGAGUGGGGCGCUCUUCCUCUUCGAGCACCGGCUCCUGGAUGUCUUGACCUUCUGCCAGUAUUUCCAGAACCGGCCGACCGAGCAGGAGUCCGUCGCUGGUCGAGACGCGUCCCGCGACCUGAGCCAGUCUGAUCGUUACCACUUCACCUUUAAGCCGGUGCUGGAGCUGGUCUGCUGCAUGUUGCUCACUUGUCGGUCGAACUUGCUGGUUGCUCGGCGGGUGGCUGCCUUUGUGGCCGCACACCGUGAGCUGAUUAUGAUGAUCCUGCAUGACUAUUCUUCCUUCCUGAGCAACCCCUCUGCUUCCGGGCGCACGGUGUCCCUCUUUGACCUGGAGGAGGUGCACCUGAUCAUCCGCAUCCUUGUCGGUCUGUCUCGGCACUUUUCGUCCUUGCAGUCGGAGUUCAAGUUCGAGCGUUUUGAGAAGCUCAUCGGCAACAUCAUCGAGGGCCACGCCAAGCACCCGGACAUCCAGCGCCUGUUUGGUGUGGGUCUUGCCAACGCCUCGGCCCCCGACGGCGGGGAUGCCCUUGGUGUAGGUGGUGCCGACCAGCUUGCUGGCAGCGGGGUGUCUUCUUCCCCCGGAUCGGCCAUGCUCCAGCGUGCCAAGGCCGGGAUCUUCCCUUCACGCUUCAGUUCCUUCCGUUCAUUCGGCCGGGGCACCGGCGCCGGGGCCGCCUCCCCCAGCGGGGCAUCCCCCAACCGGGGAGACUCUCCCGGGGCGCCGGCUUCGUCCUUCUCCCAGCGCUCCCCCUCGGAGUUGGGUCAUGCCAUCCUGGUGGCCUGUCUGACGUACGUCGGGCACCGGCUGCCCGAUGCCUCCUCGGCCACCUCCGGCGGUCUUUCCCCCUCGGGCCGUCCCGGUGCCGCGGAGCCCAGCCCGGUGCUGGCCGGCUCGCCGCAGCUGUCUCUCGCUGGCCUGGGUCUGGCGGCUCUGCAAGAUCUCCCGGCCUCGGAUGUGGCCUCCCUUCAGUUUAUCCUGCCGGCGCCGGCCAGCGGCACGGACGCCACUGGUCCGGGUGCUGCCCCGGCCGCCGGCUCUGGCGUCGCCAGUGCCGCGGUCCCCUCCGGCCCGAGCGGUGGCAGCGGCGGCGCCGCCGGUGUGCCUGGCAGCAGUGGUGCUGCCGGUGCCGGUGUCGGCGGUGCCUCGACCCCUGGCAAUGUCUCCUCGCCCCCCGGUGGAUCUCAGCUGUUUGGCAGUGGGUCUCUCGGCCCGGCGGGGGCCAGUGCCGGUGGUGGCUCGGGCGGUCCGGCCACCUCGGCCGGCCCGGCGGGCUCUCCCGCCACCGGCAGCGCCAAUACCAAGCCCAGCAUUGAUGCCCUGUUUGCAUCGACCAUCCGCGAGGCGGCCACCGGGCAGGGUCCCCUUCGCGAUGCGCCGUACUACAGCUACCGGAGCGGCUCGUCCUCGGUUUCCGGCAACCCGGCCAUCGGGGUGCGGCAUCUGCCGGCCUUCGCCGAUGCGCGUUCCGUCAUGCUGGUCAUCGGGGCUGUGGCUCCGCAGCUGGCCCGGCAGUUGGUUGAUCUCUUCCUCAACUCCGCCAGCCAGACCCGGCACUUCCAGAGCCAGUACAGCCAGUACUUCCCUCUGGCGAGCCUCAGCACCCUUGGGUCUACCCUGGCCGGGGGGGCCCCGGUGGCCGGUGGGCUGCGCGACGCCCCUCUGUCCCUGUCCUCCCUGUGA